AUGAUCGAUCGGAUCAGCUCCUCGGUAAACGCCGUUCCCUUGUUGAUAAACGGUCAAGAAAUAAGCACCAAGACAACUUUUGAGGUAAAAAAUCCUUCUACCCAAAAGCUAGUAUCGUAUAGCUGCAGUGCUGGGGAAGUCGAGGCUGUUAAAGCUGUCGAAGCUGCUCAGGCUGCUUUCCCAGAUUGGGCGCGUACACGUGCGGUCAAGCGGCGUGACAUAGUGUUGCGUGCGGCUGCAAUUCUGGAAUCGAGAGCAGAUGAACUCGCCAAGUAUAUGCAAGAUGAGGUCGGCGCCACAAAAUUUUUCUCUGAAAAAAUAAACAUUGGGGUAAGCGCGGAAAUCAUACGCGAUGUAGCCGGCCGAAUUGCGGCCAUACAGGGAAGCCUGCCGUCCACUCUGGAUGAAAGCACGACGGCUUUGGUCUCGCGAGAACCCUAUGGCGUUGUCCUCGGGAUCGCGCCAUGGAACGCUCCAUACAUUCUUGGAUUCAGAGCUGCAGUUUUUGCCCUUGCAGCGGGAAACACAGUCGUCCUCAAGGGCUCUGAAAACACACCGCGAUGUUUUUGGGCAAUUGGAAAAGUCUUCGCAGAUGCCGGCCUUCCCAAAGGAUGCUUGAAUGUCUUGUAUCACCGGCCUCAGGACGCCGCGGCUAUUACCGAAGUUUUAAUUAAACAUCCUUUUGUAAAAAAGGUCAAUUUUACAGGCAGCACAGCAGUGGGUAGAAUUAUUGCGGAGAUGGCUGGAAAGUCUUUGAAGCCUGUUUUACUCGAGCUUGGAGGCAAGGCGAGCGCAAUUGUCUUGAAGAGUGCCGACCUCAAGAAAGCCGCGAAAGAAUGUGUUCUGGGUUCUUUCCUGAAUAGCGGUCAAACAUGCAUGUGUACCGAACGCAUUAUUGUUGAAGCUUCAAUUGAGAAAGAAUUUGGUGACCAUUUAAAGGCGGCUUUAAAUGAGAUGUUUCCUCACGACCAGCCUCCUCAAGUCCUUGUCAAUAGCGCAGCAGUAAACAAGGUGCGCCAGCUUGUUGACUCAGCGCUCGACCAAGGUGCCAACCUCUUAUUUGGAAAAAUAGAGGAAAUUGAGACUUCAUCUGCUCAGAUGCGACCUUUAGUGCUCCAGAAUGUCACCAAUCAAAUGGACAUCUUCUAUAUCGAGUCAUUCGGCCCAACUGUCAGUGUAAUUGCGGCCAAGGAUGAAGCUGAGGCUGUCGCCAUUGCGAAUGACACAGAAUAUGGCUUGAGUGCCGCUGUCUUCACCGAGGAUCUAGCGACUGGUUUGCGCGUUGCUAAGCAGAUAGAGAGCGGAGCUGUGCAUAUCAAUGCAAUGACUUUCCAUGACGAGCCUAGUCUUCCCCAUGGUGGCAUUAAGAGUAGCGGCUACGGCCGAUUCAAUGCCGACUGGGGUUUGAACGAAUUUUUGAAGACAAAGACUAUCACUUUCCAAAACUGA